AUGCACUUCGCGCUGGCCCAAACGCCGGGCGGUCGCCCGACGACGGUCACCACGACCGCCAUGCCGGACGGCAGCCCGCGGACGUCGGCCGUCCCCGCGCCGUCCGUAUUUUUGCCGCGCGCCGAGCCGUCCACGUCCCGGAGCGCCGGUGCCUCCAGCGCAGGCACGUCGACAGGCCCAGACGCCGACGGUCCCACCGACGGUGACUGCGAUUUCGGCGGGUCCAUGAUGGACGACGACUACGACAUGUCGUCGGAAGACGAAUACGAGAGGUCCGGGUCUACGUUCACCAUCGCGGUGGGCAUGUACUCUUUUGAGAGGAACUUGAUCGAAACUCCAUACAUUCAUUUAUCCAGCAAACCAGUUAUAGAAUAUGUGAAUUUGAAGUUUGUUGAAAACAAUUUUAGAACAUUGGGGAUUGAUCGAGUAUUUGAUAAAAAUAAUAUAAUGAGAGCUGAACUGGAAUUUGAAUCGUUUGAAGUAUGGUUUUCUCACGUGAAGGAAUAUGCCAUCGAAAGAGACUGUAUCAGAGAUCUCCGUCUACCAUUGUUUUGUCAUCUUUAUUUGAAUCUAUAUGCACCACAUAAUCAUACACGCUUACACCAAUUUUUGAAAGCAUUUCAAUAUAUAUUUACAAGCCCUAGAGGAAGUGUUUAUCUGGAUGAGUUGAGAAAAGUAACUGAUAUAUUGGAUUUAUCACCUCGUCUUGCAUAUUUCAGAAGGAACAAAUUUGUGUAUGGCGUUUCUCCUAUGUUUUUAAACAAUCUUUACAAUUUUUUUCAAUUUAAUUACAUGCUCCAAUUGGUGUUUCAAGAAUGGUUUGACAUUAACUAUAUUGCUUAUGAAGAUCCAAAAGUAGUAUUUGAAGAUUAUUACACCAAUAGACUAGUACGAGUAAAUAAUUUGGUUAAAGCAAAUGCUCCAAAGAUAAAUAAUAAUGUUAAUACCUUAAGAACUGUAUUAUGGAAAAAAACUCUGAAUUCAUCUCAAAAUCAGAACAACCGCAAAGUCAAUAACUAUGAAAACGAAUAUUACAACAAUCAACGUGCUUCUACGAGUAAAGAUUUUGUUGGCUCCAGCUCUAAUUCCAGAAAACUGGCUAACAAUGCUUCAGAAGAUUCACAAACAAAUUAUACGAGUUCAGAACUAGACGAAUCAACUGAAAAUUCUGAACAAUCUUCAACCGAGGAAGAUCGCCUAAAACCAAGAUCUAGACGAUCAAAAAAGAACAAUAUCAAAAGAAAACAUAUGAAACAUGACAGAGAUCGUCCUUCAUCCUAUGAACGAGAAUCAAGAAGACUUAAGAAAUUCUGCGUUGAAAAAUUUGAUGAUACCAGUUCACAAGAGGAAUCUAUAAAUGAUCAAGAAAAUGGAAAAUUUUCUGAAGAAACUAAACAGUCACUUAGAGAAGGACAAAGUUCAUCUAAGCAGGAAGAAGUUAAAGAAGAAAGGAUAAUAUUACGGAUUUCAAGAAAGUUUAACAGAUUACGCGUUAUUGCCGGCAAUGAGAAGAAAGAACCUGAUGAUCCAGAAAAUCCUAUUCAGGAGAAAUCAAACGAAGAACAAGUAACAAAUAACAGGAAAAAGUCUCGUAAGCACCGAAAAAAACAUAAAUCAAGAGGCAAAAAAAAAUCGACCCCUGAUUGUUUGCAAGAAAGCUCUAAUGAUACGUCAAAUAAUGAAGAACAACUGCGAAAGAAAAUUAAAUCAAGCUACAGGAAAAAAUCUACCAGUGAUCCAGAUAGUCGUUUAUGUGAAGAAUCAUCUGAAGUAUCUAUUAACGAAGAAAAAAAGUAUAAGAGACAAAAGAAAAGCGGUAGAAGCAAAUCUACAAAUGAUGAUAAUAAUACACAAACGAAUGAAAGUUCAUCUGAAGUGUCAAAUGAAGAAAAAAAAAUGCAUAAACGACAAAAGAAAAGUAUCAAAAGUAAAUCUAUCAGUGAUGUUGAUAUGCAUAGUGGGUUGUCUGAUAUAUCAAAUGAUGAUGAAAAAACUCAAAAACUUCAAAAUAAAAGAAGCAAAACUCAAUCUACCAUUGAUGAUAAUAAUCACACUAUAUCUGAAGAUGAAGAAAGCCCUAUUAAAGAUAAAAAAAACUAUAAAUCGAAUGACAGAAGAAAAUACGAGCACAUUGAUAAAGAUAGUACUCUAAGUGAUAGUUAUUCAGCUGAAGAUUCUUUGGAGGAUUCAAGUUCAUUGUACUCAACUUGCGAUGAAGAAAUUGAGAUGCGUAAAUACGUAAGAAAUAACAAAAAAUCAGCUCAACGGUUACGUUAUGAAACUUCACGUCGUUUGAAACACAUGAAAAUUACCAAAAUCGAUUAUAAAAACCUUGAUGAAGAUUUGGAUCUAUCUUUAAGUCGAAAAAUAAUCUUGAAAAACUGUAGCAAAGUAUCGUGUUCUAUUUUGACUAUUGAUCAAAAUUUGGUUAUUGCUGGUUCAAUAGAUUCUUUAAUUUAUCUAUGGGAGAGAGAUAAUAAGAAAUCUGAAUCAGACAGAACUUAUAAUCUACAUAACAUUGAAAAUAUAAAUCCCAGCAAUUCUUCGUCAUCAGUUCAAGGAAACGAUUUUAUUGAAUAUUUGGACAAAAGUACAGCCUUUGUAUUACGUGGACAUAGUGGACCUAUAUUUGAUUUAGCUGAAUUACCAUCAGCUAAAAUCUUGGUCAGUGCAUCUAAUGACAAAACCUACAGAGCUUGGGACAUGGUAUCUAAACGAUGUUUAGAAGUAUACAAUGAACAUGAACAUAGGACAUGGUGUAUUGCUGCCUGUCCAUACAGUUUGCAAGUGGCCACAGGAUCUUGUGAGGGCGCUAGCUGUUUAUGGUUUUUGAACUACAAACGUCCAUUAAGAAUUUUCAUGGGUCAUCUCGAUGAUAUUUUAGUUCUAAAAUUCCAUCCAAAUCAAGUGCUCUUAGCUACUGGUUCAUCGGAUAAGACUAUUAGAGUGUUUGAACUUACAACUGGUGAAUGCCAUAGAGUUUUAAUUGGACACUCUGAUUAUAUUACAUGUUUAGAGUUCAAUGUUGAAAAUGCUAAUUAUUUGGCAUCUGCUUCUGGUAGCGGAGAAAUAGUAGUAUGGGAUGUACCAACUGGUGAAAUAGUAUGGAAGAUUAGAGUUGGUAACGUGUUUUUUACGGAUUUAGCGUGGUUAAAUGCAGAUAUAUUAUUAGUUUCACUGACAAGUGGUGUUGUCUUGAAAUGUGACACUACACUGAAUUAUUUAGAAUCCUCCUGUAAAGUAAUAGGAUUUGAUACUCCAUUUGACCGUCUAAUAUCCUUGAAAAUGAUCAACAAUAUAGUGUAUACAAUAGGCAUUCCUGAUAAAUCAGGUAGUCUUAAACCAAUGCCUAAGAGAAACAGAGAGAAAGCUUCACAAAUGAAAAGUGAACAACGAAAAUCUCAACGAGAACUUUCACCAUUGUCUAAGUUAUUUUUCCCUCAACAUAUUAUUGAUAACAAUGGUAAUUCAAAGAGACCUUUACGUGGAUUGAGUUCAACAAUACCAAAUCCUACUUAUAAUUUUGAAUAUCAAAUAAACAAUGAUCAGCUUAAAAAAUCAACACUGCCAAAUUUUUUGAGUAUGAAUUUAAGAUCUGCACCAUUCAAUUUAACAGCUGAAGAAAUAUCUAAAUUAAGUUCCGAAUAUCAAUCAGAAAAUAUACGAUUAAUACCAGCAGUGACUAUAACUAAUAAUCUUCAAAAUGCUUACCUAUUGCCUGUUCAACCAAAUGUUCGGACAAGCAAUUCAAACUCUACAAAUCUCCAUCCAACAAAUGUUCAGUUACCAAGUACGAGUAAAUCACAAAAAUUAAAUAAAACGCAAGGGCAAUCAAAAUCGAAAAUUACAACAGCAAAACAACACAACUUUGGUAACAGUAGCCUAACAAUGCAUACAAGUAUUCAACACAUGCAAAUAAAAACCACUACAGCUCAAGAGCAGCUGCAUUUAGAUGAUCAUAGAGAUACUAAUAUGCUAGUUCAACAAUAUCUACAAACAACUAGCACAAAUACUCACAAGCAACAAACUUCAAACCUAUUGCAAGUUACACAUCCAGGAAUGAGCUCUCAGGUUCUUCAGAAUAGCAUUGUACAGCAAGAUCAGCAAGUGCAGCUGCAACACGAUGUUGGAAGUAAUAGUAAUUUAGCGGGGACAAAUGUUCAACAGCAGCAGUUAAUACAAAAUUUACAGUCAAAUACAAAUUUAACAAAAGGGAAUGUUCAACAGCGCUUAUCCCCACAAACAAAUAAUCGAUCGUCCAAUACCAAUGUUACUAAACGUCCAGCUCCUAGAAAAAGUCCUAAUAAAUAAUCUAAUUUGGAUGAAAUAGGCACAAGUAAACAUAC